AUGGCCUCGAUGGAGCCCACCGAGGAGGAGAUCUCGCAAGUCAUCGACUUUGCAGGUCUCGAUCGACUUAACGACCGAGGCAUGGUCAUUCAGGCGCUCAAGAACAACGGUCGCAAUGUCGAAACGGUGGUGAUGAACUACUUCGAUAAUCCUGAUGGCUUUCGGCAACUUUUUACGAUGACAUGGAAUGAUGGCAUGUUUGGUGCAGAUCGUAAUGGCGAAAACGAAACCAAUACUGGGUCCACCUUCCACAUCGAAGAACCGAACCCGAACCCUUCGUUUUAUAUCGAAUCAAUGAAUAAUUCGACGCACGAAAGCGACGUUAUUCAAGGCGUGACCCCGCCGCCCGAUAGAUAUAGCCUCGGGGCACCUUCUAGGCCUCCUUCAAGGUCCAAUGCGAAAUCUCCCUUGGCACAAGUGGUAGACAUGACAGCAUCAGAUGUUCCCAGAUUUGUUGAUCAGUCGGAACCAAACCAGCUGAACCAGGACAUGGAACGAGCCUUGCGCGAAUCUGCUCAAGAAGCUGGAAUAGCUGCCCCGGGUCAAGAAUCGGGAGUCAUGGAAAAUUGCACCUCUACACCAUAUUUUGGACCGGCUACAAGAUCGCAGUACGAUCAUGCAGAUUGGGCCAUGGUACCAAUUGGCGCUGCUGCCGUGAGCUCGAAUGUAUUGCUUCCUUCGAAUCGACAGCGAAAGACGGAUGCCCCGGCCUUUCUCGUGCAACACCCAAACACUGUCGGCAAUCAUAAACUCGGCGGUCUUUUGACUAUUCUCCACGAAAUUCCCUUGGCACGAAAUAUCCUUCUCAAAUGCGGAUCACCGCCCGAGACCUACGGAUAUGAUACGGAAUGGUGGCAUGGCAAAAGUAUCACGCCUCCGCAGUCUGUAUAUGCGCAAACACCUGAUAGUGACGUCGAAUGGAGCUCGAACAAGGACGUUAAACCGGGAUUUGAGGAGGAGAUUCACCGUUUGAUGGCAUUCCUGGACUCUACCGAACGUAGUUACGGCUCUACCAGCGUUCUGACAGAAAUGAUUCCUUAUCCCGCGGUUGGGCCGGAAAAACAGUUUUACGAGUAUUUGGGGCAACGGAAUGGACAAGUUGUGUACCCUCUUACUCAAGUUGCCUCACUAGCCCUGUUGCAUGGCGACGAUCUAGGUGACGAGGACGCCAGAUUUGGUCUUCUCGAGAUUGAGCAUCUGAAGGGCGACUAUAAUAAUAUCAAGACACUCUACGAGGCUCUUGACCACCUGAUGUGGAGCGAUGUACUCUCGUGGAACGAACUGACACAAGACUCCAAGAUGGCAAUGUUCAAGGAUAUGGGAGAGGUCGUUGCCAUUAAAUUUGGUGGUGAAGGUCCUGAAGACUCUUUGGAAAUACCACUCGAACUAUAUCCUGAAAGGUAUCUCACGACUCGAAAACGUGAGGCGCAUCGGAUACAAAAAGCCUGGAGCGAGACCAAGCUGGCCAUGAUGAAAGUUGAACGACAGGAACAGGCAGUCCACGAAUGGAGAGAUGAUUUCAAUCAGCUCUCGUAUGACAAGAAAACCAGGAUGGAAAAGGCUGCCGAGCAGUGGAAAGUCUUGAGGAAAUAUCUACAAAGUGCUGGCCAGUUCACUAGCAUGCAGCAAUCAGGUUUCGAUACAAACAGAUUCCCCGACUACCAUGAGGCUCCCGCGAGUCUGUCAGAAAUCCAGCAGCAUGUUUUGGGCAAAGUGGACGAUGUUGUAAAGCUGAUUGAAAGGGUAUUGGCAGACGUGGAAAAGGCGCUAAACGACUUAAACACAGAGCUCGACAAGCUCAAGGCCAAGCAAAGAAGCCUAGGUAGACUGCUGACGGACCCUGACAAGCCAGGUCGGCCACAACCGAUGACGUGCCAGAGGUAUUUGCUCCGAGGCGUUGCGACUGAAAGGGAUGUCAUAUACGUCUGUCGACGCCAGCAGGCAGAUUUGAUCGAGCCCGGCGAUGCCCCAAAAACAAUAGAUCAAUGGUGGCGGUUGGCCUAUGCUCAGGGUGAAGCAGACCCUGUCAAAGCCGAGAAAAUCGAGAUCGAGCGCGUUUUACGCGAGGUCUGGCAAGAAACGAAAACGCCACUUCUCGUUUAUGCCACGGAAGAAGCCGUCAACACUCCCAAUGAUCCACUCAGUUGGCCAUUGGAGCGCUUCGUCAAAGCGGACAAUAAGGCAUUCCGCAACGACUUAAGCAUGGAACGCACCCAGGAGCAAGAAAAUAGACAGGCUGUCUUUAUGGACCCGAUCUCUCCUUCAAAGCGAAAGCAUCGAUCCGACAGCAUGGACUCACUAGACAGUAACCAUGCCUCUCUGGGCAGCGACGAGGCCAAUGCAUUCGACAGUAAUUUUGAAGAGCCGACGCCCAACUUUAGCUUCCAGCGAGACGAGUACGAGCCGCGUGUUGUGGGCGCCGACGGCUUGCCUGCACCUAGUAGUAUGACAUCGCACUAUGCCGAAUUUCCAGACAUUGGACUGGGCGAUGGGAUCGAGCUUGAUCUCGAUGCGAAACCCCCGCAAUACAGCGAAUUCGUCGUGCCCGCACCACCAGCACAGGAAAUGGAGCAGCUCCUGCCGCAGAAGUUGUCGUUUACGACGACGGCAGCGGAUGAAGAAGAGCGGAACCCGAAAGACGUUGUGAUGGAGAUGGAAAUGCCCGCGUUAGAGAAGGAGACUUAG